AUGUUGCCCACGAUCCUGUCGACCAAAUAUGGUCGGUAUAAGACGAAUCAAGAUGACCUCGCCACCUUCCUUGCCGUCACAGGGAACCUUUGUGGUGCCCCAACUACCCUCACCAGGCCAGGAAACGCAUCUUCCGCAGACGCCAAAUCGACCCGGCUCAAGGGCAAAGAUCGCAAGUUAGCCAAGCAGCGCGCUGCUGGUCCCAUGAUCGACGAGUCGACGCGCCAGAGAACCCCCAAGCUCGCACUGAGCAGUUACAUCCCCCUGGCCGAAAUCAUUGCCAAGUCACACAGUGUGCACGGAAGGAUUCCCAAAUGGAUUGUCACGGUCAUCGACAAAAUCAUUAGCGAUCGCGAGGACUGUUUUCGGCACAUAAACGGCGAGGACGUGAGGACUUUCCUUGCCAAGGGCCAGCAGGACGGUCACAUUCACCCAAUCAAUGUGCUAGGGCGUGUACGCUCCAUCUUGCUCCCAAAGUACACGGCACAAAUGGCGACCACUCAGAGCGGGGCCCAACCCAAGACACCCAGCAAGAAAGUACUUGGUGAGAUCUCUGGCAAUGUCAACGCCAUAAACGCGGCCAACAUUUUUGCUGAGCUGAGGAUGAAGACUCCCGAGGGCUCCCCUUGCUCGAAUGGCGAUGCUGGCGAAUCAAGCCCUGCGAUUGAAGCCGAUGAUGUGGAGAAGGCUGAUGCCUGGAGAACUUCUCUUGCUUCUUCUCAGGUGUUUGCAGCUUACCCUGAAGCCUCUCGUGACGAAGCCUGGCUUGCACUUGGGUCUCUGCGAGAUGACAUGAUGUCGAUAAGACGGGCGGUGUUGGAACAAUGGGCCGGCUGGAGAAAUGGGACUGUCGACCUGGCAGCUGCCGCGAUUACCACCAACACUGCCAUCGACCUUGUCCGUUCUCUUGAGAACCAAGCUAGACCCGUCAUCGAGUCCUAUACCAAGAGUCUCGACGCCAAGGAGACUCGACUGCCAGUUUACUGGUACUCUUUGGGCACCUGGGUCAAGGACAUCAACGGCAAGACUCGCGGAACAAACAUCUACGCACCGCUCCUAGGAACAGACACCGACAGCCAAGCAAGCCACCCUCCGGACUUCGAUGCACGCGGCGCCGCCAAAGUGGAUGACCAAAAAAUGGAAGAAUGGCUUUCUGACUCUCAGAGCUUUCGAUGGGCUUACACACUGGUGCAAUUGUACUGCAUGGAGUUCUUUACCAAGACAAAUCCAGCAUACACGAGACCUCCUGGUCAUGAGCCAGUGCGUUUGGGUCACGGCGCGCGCCCGGAUGACGCCAAAUUGCUCGAACAAGUGCGGACUUGCCGCGGCAAGGAUAUUCAGUGGCUGUAUGAACUCUCCUUCGUGGGCAACUACGGCGUCGGUCCCGUAUUUCCUUUCCUCGACGAAGUUUCUCGAGGCUUUCGCAUCAUGAACGAAGACGUCGACAUCAAGCUCUGGGCCGUAUUCGGUGUCCAGAUAUUCUGGGAAGUAAAGGAGAUGCUUGGAGAAAGCACCAAGUCACGGCCGCUUCAGGCUCUGAAAUAUUUCCUCGGCGGCGGACUCGGGCUUUUUCAGAAGGCCGAAGAUCUUUACACGACUGCUUUGGGCGUGAAAUCAAGACAAGAUGUCGGCGGUAAGAUCGACGAUCCUGUGAAGGCAGCCCAACAGGGAUACACUGUGCUCACAUGCUUGCUCCCCGAGCGACUGGACGAGGAGAUGCAGGAGAUGGGGCACACUGGCUACCCAAACCUGAACAAGUGCUACCUGAUGAGCCAGCAUCCCAUCCUCUGCGGUAUCCUACUGCACACGGCGCGGUUGAUGAUGCAAGAAUACGGGAUUGCUGUCGAGACUUGUACUCGAUCCAUAAUGAAGAUGGCGCAUUUCCAUAAUGCCUGUUCCAGCCACAACCUCAUCAAGGGUAGCUGGUUUGACUUGGAACACUGCAUGACAGAACUGCAGGGCCCCAACCUCUUCAUGUCAGGAAAACCACCAGGGAAGGAAACGGAGAACGGCUUCGGCAAGGCGUUCUUGUUUGCAGUCGGAGCAAUGUCAUUAGCUUACACUGCGCCGGAUUGUCGGGACCGAAAGGGGAGACGGGGUCGAAAAUUGGCCGAAGAACAGCUCAAGUCCCGUAAGAACAGCCAAGGCAAGGUCUUGCGGAAACUUGGCCCGGUCUCGUUGAUGUUUGAAGACAGGUUCUGCAGAGCUGGUGACCGGUACGAACUGAACGAGGAAGAUCUGCAAGCCAUCACGGAGCGUGCGGCAGCCUACAAGGGUGGUGGGACGGACAAGUACAGCAGGACCGCACACUCAAAGACAUCUCGCCCCGGCGCCGGAAGGCCCAAGUCGGUCGCCCAGCUGCUUGCUGACCUCAGCUUGGGACUUGACCAGGAAGUGCUCCUGAUUUCGUUCCCAUACAUCUGCCUCAACAUUGAGUGUACAAGCGUCCUCUUGAAGCUAGAAAUGGAAUUGCGGUCCACACAUCGCGAGUUGCUCGACGGCGAGGACAUGCCUCCCGGCUUUGGAAUCGUAGCACUCCACCUUCUCGCCGGACACUCUGACAAGCUUUGGAUCGCAGCGGAUGAGAUCCACAGAUACGUCGGGGAUGAUAAGACACCGGGGAGCACCAACGGCUGCGGGGGAGUCGAAUGGAUGAUGCAGAGCAUCCGGGAGCCGCUCAGAGCUAGCAUCCAGGCGAAGAUGCGGGAGAGCAAGCGGGACCGGUCUUCCGAGCACCAGAAUCAUAUCGGCGACGGAGUUGGCCCUACCAAGGACAGCCUCAUUUUCGAGCAGCAGGACGCUCGUCAAGAGCCGAGCUGCAUGGAAGACAGAGAUGGCCGGGAGACCCCGGAGAGAACUACUGCGACCAGAGGAAAAGAAAACCAAUCAUUGCCUGAGGCCAUGCCCUUGGUUUUAUCAGAGUUGAAGGCCGAGAAGUAA